AGAAUGCGAGGAUUUUACACUAUUUUACUCUUUUACACAUUUGCCUGCUGCACCAAGGGAAAAAAGACCCGUUGGUGCACAGUGUCAGAUCCCGAGCAGAAGAAAUGUGCAGAACUCGCAAAAGCUCUGGUGGCGGUGCUGCCACCAGCUGCUGUGGCAGCCUUUGCCAGACUCUCGUGCAUCCGAGCUUCCAGCACGACCGACUGCAUCGAAAGGAUCAGGGCAAACCGCGCUGACAUCGUGACAUUAGACGCAGGAGAAGUUUAUUCUGCUGUGAGGCAGUUUGGCCUCGUCGCUGUCGCCAAGGAGAUAUACAGUGACGGAGGCUGUAUUCUGUCUGUGGCUGUGGUGAGAAACAGCAGCAUAGACGUUCGAUCCCUGCAGGGCCUCAGGAGUUGUCACAGUGGAGUGCGAUGGACAGCUGGGUGGAGUCUUCCUCUGGGCUUCCUGCUGUCCCGGAACUACCUUAGCUGGUCCAAAGAGCAGCCGCUCAGUCAGGAUGUCAGUACCUUCUUCAAUGCCAGCUGUGUUCCUGGAGCCACUGCUAUGGCUCCACGUCUGUGUGCUCUGUGCCAGGGCCAGAAGUCUUACAUUCGCCAGAAGAAUUACCACUGUGAAACGUCCCACAGUGAGCCUUUCUACAACAGCCAAGGGGCCCUCAGGUGUCUCAGGAGCGGGACAGGAGAUGUGGCAUUUGUGGACCAUUUAGCCCUCGAGAGCAUUGAAGGGAGUGAGUGCGAUGAGUUCCGAUUACUGUGUGCUGAUGGCACACAGGCUCCUCUCAGCCAGUACAGGAGCUGUAACCUUGGACGCGGUCCAGGAGGAGGCGUCGUCACCAGAGUCAACUUUCGCAAAGUUGCUCGCAAAUUUAUUACAACCGCUCAGACGCUGUUUGGUCAGCGAGGGAGAGAGAGGCACCGCUUCCAACUCUUCAACUCGUCCAUUUUCAGGGAAAAUGAUCUUCUCUUCAAAGAUGUGACAGAUAAAUUAUCUGUUCUGUCAGACGACAUGGACGUCAGUCAGGUGCUGGGUCUGGAUUAUGUGGCUCUCCUCAAAGGUCUUGGACAUGAAGGAAGCUCACUGGAGGACAGUGUUGUGCGAUGGUGCUGCAUCAGCCACGCAGAGCAGAAGAAAUGUGAAGAGUGGGCUCUGAGCAUCAAGUCAGACCCGCUGGUGUGCGUCGGAGCCGCUUCCAUGCGCGAGUGUAUCGAGAAAAUUAAGAGGGAUGAGGUGGACGCGGCUUCACUGGAUGCAACGCACUCAUUCAUCGCUGGGAAGUGUGGUCUCGUCCCUGUAGUAACAGAAUAUUAUGGUAGAAAAUGUGCACGUGCUGAAGGAUCAGCUCACUUGGAGGCAGACGUGUUGCCGUCUGUGGUGGGUGUAGCUGUGGCAAAGCGCUCCAGCAGAAGUAUAUUCAUGGGGAACCUGGGAGGGCGUCGGUCGUGCCAGGGUCACAUGUACAGCCCCGCAGGCUGGAUGCUGCCGUACACACACACGUUAAGCCUGGAGCACAACACCAGCUUCUGUGACCCAGACCAAGCGUACAACCAGGUGUUUUGGAAAGGCUGUCUUCCCGGCUCUCAGGGGAAUCUAUGCAAAGUGUGUAUGGGAGGCACCGGAGAGGCUGCGACCAAACGCUGCGCUGACAACCACAAUGAACGUUUCUACGGCAACAUGGGGGCUUUAAGGUGUUUGGUUGGAGAUCCCAGUGGGAAAAGCCAUGGUGAUGUGGCCUUCCUGGAGCAGCACAACCUACAGGAUAAUAUCCACAGUUUGAGCUCGACAGGUUGGGCAGAGGGUUGGACGCCAUCUGACUUUGAGUUGCUGUGCGGUGACGGCCGUCGGGCCCCACUGUCAGAGUGGGAGAGCUGUCAUCUGGGGGUUAUCCCCCCAAACAUCAUCAUGACAAGGCCGGUGCUCACAGCACGAGUGUACGACUUCCUCAUGAAGUCACAGGAAACUUUGGCAGCCAAGUCAGAUUCAGAGUUCAAGCUCUUUGAGUCUCAACAAUACGGACAAAGUGAUCUGUUGUUUAAAGAUGCAACACAGUGUUUUGUCCACACGAGCCACAUGGACUACCGCUCCAUCCUCGGAGAGGAGUUUUACACUCGCGCAGACGCUGUCUUCAACUGCACACACUCUGAUAUCCUGGAGUUUUGCGGUCAGGAUGUGUGCAGCAUAUUUUAAUGGACAUGGAGAAGAACACAAACUCUAUUCAGCCUUCUGAUGAUGUGAAAAAAUAUCUGUUCUAUCAAUAACUAAAGACUGCAAAACACUGCUUUGUCAUGUUUAUGCAGGAAAUCGGAGAAAUCACUGUUCAAGCACAACAACGGUGGGAAGCAAAGGCCCACAGAGAGAGCCUGCAGUGUCGCACAGAGAUUACAGAUUGUAAAUGGUCCAGUGAUAGCACUGUAUUUUGUGUUUGAACUGUUCCCAACUCUAUAAUUUGAAUCCUGUAAGCUAUUUUAUGAUCAGAAAACUGUAUAUUAAAUAAUAUAUUAUUAAUAAAUG